GACUAGCGCGAUGUGUUUUCAUUUCGAUGAUUUAUAGAUGGUUUUUGUUUUCGUGUGGAAUUAUUUGCGGAUACACAACGCGAGGUGACGCGGAAGCUUCGGCCUGAUGGAUGUUGUCCAGUGGCGUUACUGACGCGCGCGUCCAUCGCAUCGCAUCGCAUCGCAUCGCAGUAAUAACCGCUCGUAAGCCUGUAUUAGCGCAUUAAUCGCUGGGCCGGUGAAGCAUUAAUGUUGUCGACAGUCAGCCCUGACCUGUCUCCAGAGACUGCCCUCCUCGGCUCGCUCACGCUCCCGGUUCCCCGCCCCCCGGCAGCGAGUGCUAGCGUCCCGCGAGCGCAGCGGAAGCCCAGUGAGGCCGGGCCGGCGCGCGGCAGCAUGGAGGUGGGCAUGCGUGUGGUGCGCGGCCUGGACUGGAAGUGGAGCUCGCAGGACGAGGGAGAAGGGCACAUCGGCACGGUGGUGGAGAUCGGCCGGCAGGGCAGCACAACCACGCCAGACAAGACCGUAGUGGUGCAGUGGGACAGCGGGACCCGAACUAACUACCGCACCGGGUACCAGGGCGCAUACGACCUGCUUCUGUACGACAACGCACAGAUCGGUGUCCGGCAUUCAAAUAUUAUUUGUGACAGUUGUAAGAAGCACGGCAUUAUGGGAAUGCGCUGGAAGUGUAAGGUGUGUUUCGAUUACGACCUGUGCACUCAGUGUUACAUGAACAACAAGCACGACCUGACGCACGCCUUCGAGCGCUACGAGACGGCGCAUUCACAACCAGUGAGCCUGACGCCGAGGCAGAACCUGUCCAGGAUCAUCCUGAAGGGAAUCUUCCAGGGCGUGAAGGUGGUCCGGGGCCCCGACUGGGACUGGGGGAACCAAGACGGAGGCGAGGGGAAGGUUGGGAAGGUUGUGGAUAUCCGCGGCUGGGAUCAGGAGUCGGGUCGCAGUGUGGCGAGUGUCACAUGGUCUAACGGGACCACGAACGUCUACCGGAUGGGUCACAAGGGGAAGGUGGAUCUGAAGUACGUGUCGGAUGUUCAGGGAGGAUUCUACUACAAGGAACACCUGCCCAAAUUAGGCGAGCACGCGGAGCUGCAGAGGCAGGACAGCGCGGACACACACUCGUUCCAGCAGGGGGAUAAGGUGAAGUGUCUCCUGGAGCUGGAUAUCCUCCGGCAGAUGCAGGAGGGACACGGAGGCUGGAAUCCCAAGAUGGGAGAGUACAUCUCCAGAAUUGGGUCUGUGCACAGAAUAACGGACCGAGGAGACGUGCGAGUCCAGUAUAGUAACAACAUCCGCUGGACGUUCCACCCCGGAGCUCUGACCAAGGUCAAUACGUUUGCCGUGGGCGAGCUGGUGAAGGUUCUGGAUGACAUUGACAGUGUGAAGAGACUUCAGGUUGGACAUGGCGAGUGGACAGACAGCAUGGCUCCUGCGUUGGGUCAGGUUGGAAAGGUUUUGAAAGUGUAUGCCGACGGGGACCUGCGUGUGGCGUUUGGAGGUCAGACGUGGACCUUUAACCCCGCGUGUCUCUCAGCACAGCCUGGUGAGGUCGACGCCAAUCUGAUGACGGCUGAGAACGCCAGCGAAUCAGGAAGUACGGUUAUUUCGGUGCUGGAGAAGCUGCUGUCUCAGUCGACGGAGCAGGAUCAUCCGGGACGGCUGGUUAUCGAGGCAGCGCACGGGAGCGCUGUUAAAGUGCGCGAAAUGGUGCAAAAAUACCCUGACAAGGUGGAUAUAAAGAACCAGGGUAAGACCGCUCUGCAGGUUGCUGCCCAUCAGGGGCACGUGGAGGUGGUGAAGGUCCUGCUUCAGGCCAACAGCAGCAUCGAGGCUAAAGAUGAGGACGGAGACGCCGCGCUACACUACACAGCGUUCGGGAAUCAGGCAGAGAUUGCGCGUCUGCUGCUCAGUAAAGGAGCCGGAGUGAACCUGCUGAAUAACUCCAUGUGUACGGCGCUGCACAUCGCGGUUAAUAAAGGCUUCACGGAUGUGGUGAGGGUGUUGACGGAGCACUCGGCCGACGUCAACCUCCAGGAUUCAUAUGGAGAUACACCCUUACACGACGCCAUUGCUAAAGACUUCAGAAGCAUCAUUGAGAUUCUGACUGUGGUGCCCAACAUCGACUUCACCCAGCAGAACAACCGCGGGUUCAACCUGCUGCACCACGCGGCUCUGAAGGGCAACAAGCUCGCGACGGAGAUGAUCUUGGCUCGAGCGCGACAGCUGGCUGACGUGAAGAAGGAUGAUGGAUUCUCCGCUCUUCAUCUCUCCGCUCUGAACAACCACCGGGAUGUGGCCGAGAUCCUCCUCAAAGAGGGUCGCUGUGACAUCAACAUCCGCAACAACCGUAACCAGACGGCGCUGCAGUUGUGCGUGACGCAGGGUCACAUGGCCCUGGUGGCGCUGCUGGUGACGGAGGGCGCAGACGUGAACGCGGAGGACGAGGACGGGGACACGGCGAUGCACACGGCUCUGAGCCGACAGCAGCUGAGCGCAGUCAUGAGCAGUGCCGAGGGAGAGGGGGCCGCGCUCUACAGCAGGUUGUGUAGCUCAGGGCUGAUGGGAAACACGGAGCUGAACGUCGGUUCUGCCAUCGCUUGCUUCUUGGCACAGGAGGGAGCCGAUAUUAAUUACGCCAAUCAUAAAGGAAAAAGCCCACUGGACCUGGUGACGGACAGCAGCGUACAAACUCUCAUCAGGAGCUUUGCAGAGAAACACAGACUGCAGGCCGUCACGUGUGGCACGGGCACCAGCAGUGCCAGUCUCCGGCGGGUUCACACUACGCCCAACACCAUGACCAACCUGGCGGUGCCGAGUGUGACGGGUCCCAGCGAGUGCCUGAUCUGCUCUGAGCUCGCGCUGCUAGUGCUGUUCUCCCCCUGCCAACACAGCGUCGCGUGUGAGGAAUGUGCUCACAGAAUGAAGAAGUGCAUCCGCUGUCAGGUGACAAUAACAAAGAAAAUCCGACAGGACCAGACGGAGGUGGAGUGCAGCCCGAGCUCGGAGAACUCAGAGCAACACAACCUGCUGGAGCAGCUCCAGUCUCGGUACCGGCAGAUGGAGGAGCGCAUCACCUGCCCCAUCUGCAUCGACAACCACAUCAAGCUGGUGUUCCAGUGCGGGCACGCCUCCUGCAUCGACUGCAGCGCCGCGCUCAAGACCUGCCCCAUCUGCCGGCAGACCAUCCGCGAGCGCAUUCAGCUCUUCGUCUGACCCGGGCUUCGUCUGACCCGAGCUUCAUCUGUCCCCGAGGAGUCGAUUCAAAAUCAGCCAUGGAUGUGUGAAAAUCCAUUCUGGAGGAUUUGGACCUUGUGUUUCCGAGUAGCAUGAGGACGUCUGCUGCUCCGACUGGCUAAACAUCUGUAACUACAGUAUUAUGGAGCGAAGAGUGAAGCGAGAUAUGAAGUCAGAUUUGCGUGAUAUAAAGUCACAAUUCUGACUUUUUUUCUCACAAUUGUGUGAUAUAAAGUCAGAAUUGCAAAUACAAAGUCACAAUUGCGUGAUAUAUAUCACGUAAUUGUGAAAAAAAAGUCAGAAUUGUGAGAUAAAAAGUCGCAGUUACCUUUUUUAUCCUGUGGCGGAAACAGGCUUCCAUACAAUUCUGACUUUUCUCGCAACCGCAAAUUUAUAUCUCGCAAUUGUUACUUUUUUCUCCGAAAUAUGAGAAUCAAAUUCGCAAUUCUGACAUUCCUCGCAAUU